CCCCCUUUUCGUCCUUUGUUCAAAUGUGUAGGGUUUCUUUUGCUCAUAUUCUAGUUGUGGGACAUUUCCUAGAUAGAGGAUAGCAAGACCGCCAAUUGAGGUGAAUUCGAAUCUUCUCUUGUACACUAUGAUGCGACCAUAGUUGAGGAUUUCGGAGAGAAUUUCGACGAUAGGCUCAUACUAAAUUGAGAGCACAUGAAAAUUAGGAACUUAAUUCAGCAAACCGAACCGCCCAACACAAAUGAGAAUACGCCACCGUCACGUUGAGCGCAACCCUUGGCUAGUUCAACUUAUUACUGACGACUGGUCCCGAUGUUCCUGGUGUAUUGAGCUGGACGGCACCAGCCUUUGAUUAGCGCAUCUCUUACUCCCGUGAAGAAUUUGAAGAGCUUAGCUCCUUCAUUACUGGUCAAUCGAGACUGGGUCCAAGCGCUGCCGGCUCUAAGACCAGCCUGAAGAGUUUCGCAUCGGCAUUACUGUUCGCCUUCGAUUACGGAACCAAACAACUUGCAAUCUCUUUCGACGGUGCUCGAUAUGUCGUCGAUGGGGACAAGUCUCAGCCCGGCGCAAAUUGCGGCCAUUGCGGCAGUAGUGUCGGUAGUUGUUUUAAUCACUAUAAUAUCCAUAAUAGUACGCUAUGUGAUAGUACGGAGGCGGGAAUACGACGUGGAAGAAAUCCCUAAGCGAGAGUUGAGAGUAUCGCCAGAUAGUACCAUAUCGGAACUGUCUCAAGCGAAACAAGCGAAAGAAAUCCACACCAACAAAAUAAGAGUAUCGGUUGCCGACACAGGUCGUAGCUCGAUUUGGGGGGAUACUGGACAAUGCAUCGCCCCUACUCCGUCGAAUAAAGGCGAUGUUUGGGAUAGUCGAAGAUGGCCUCUUCCCCCAGGACAUCCAGAACGAUAUACAUUUUUUAGCGAAAGAAGUUCGACAUCAUUAGACGAAAUACCAGAGAUGAGACAACUCGAUAUAGGGAACCGAGACGAAAACCGGAUCGCAGAGAAUCAUACAGCGGAGGAGACAAGAAAGGAACCAGAGACAAGGGAAAGAUGUGAAAGUGUUUGGGGCAUGCCAGGAAUAGGCAUAGGAAUAGCGCAUUGAUGUAAAAUAAGAUACCCCUUGUAUGUAAUUAUGAAUGUUAUGAGAGAUGAGUUGAUUGGAUUCGGGUCAAUUUAACCCAUAUUGAAGAUUUCCGAACCAAACAUAAUGUCUCAAAUAGUGAGUGUAAAUGUAUACCUACAGACGCUUGAUGGUUUAAAAGGGUCCAUAUCGCGAGGUUUCGAUGGAGUACUUGCUUUUUAUUUUGAGACUUGUGUUGACGGGCUAUUUUCCGAUGGCGGAGACAACGGGAUACGAGUCAUUGAACAUAUCCCUAUAAAUACCUAUCACACGGUAAAUUGUUACCAUCUUGCCUCUAUUAGAAUGUCUUGUAGCGAUAAUAUAGAGGUUUUAGAGAUAUAGAGUCUGUCCUAAUUGGUGAGUUUAAU